AUGAUUUCGAUUAAACAAAAUAAUAAUUUUAUUAUUAUAAACAAAAGAUAGAUCAAUUAAAAAAGGAGAGAUUUGAUUUGUUUAUGCAUGGAUUUAAUUUAAUAGGAUAAAAAUUAAGAAAGAUUUAUUAAACAUAAACAAAUGGAGGUGAUUCAGAAUUGGAAUUGGUAGACACAAUGGAUCCAUUUAGUGAAGGUAUAAGUUUAAGUUUAAGACCAAAGAAUAAAUCAUGGAAUUAGAUGUCUAAACUAUCAGGAGGAGAAGAGACAUUAUCUUGAUUAUCAUUAAUAUUAGCAUGAAGUUAUUAUAAACCUUCAACAUUAUAUUUCUUUGAUGAAGUAGAUACAGCCUAAGAUUAUAAGAAUGUAUUUAUAGUUGCAAAUUUAAUUAAAGAUAGAACUAAAAUGCUUGGUUUAUUGUUAUUAGUUUAUGUAACAAUAUGUUUGA